CCGUGAAACGUCGCGAGAUCGUCCGCUGUUCGAAAACUUACGAGUGCCUCGUGAAUUCCGCAUGUGUCGGAUGUUUGACAGCGGAAAUACCGCAGAAAGUCUUGCGAAGAAAUUGAUUUCUACCGUGAAAGUGGGUUCCAGCGUGUUUCCAUUGUGACCGAAAUACAGUUCCGGUGUUCCUAUUGCCACCCGCGGCUGGCAGCAGCAGAAAAAGAGGAGGGUUGAGACACGAGAACGGGCUCUCGACUUCUUCGUCCUCGCGAGUCGGCGACGGGAAUCGACGGUCCGAUCGCAGAGUCUCAAUCUCCCCAAGGAUCUUAAAGGAGAAUAGUCGUGGAGCGACACGGCAACGUCAGGAUGAGCCUGGAAACGCUGCUGGAAGCAGCACGGUUCGUGGAGCAGCAGGAGAAGAAGAGGGAGCGCCUCGCCAGCAGCUCUUCCUCCUCCUCCGAUCAUCCGCUGGCCGUCGCUCCCCACUCCAACCAUCACAACUCGAACGAGCCACGUGGUGCCAAACUAAAAAGGGACCGCACAGAGCAGGAUGACUUAUUCUGCGAAGAAAAAAUGCUCAUUAUUGACGAGGAGGAGCCGCUGGAAAAUAACAAGACGAACGGGAAUCACUCGACAGGUUCUAGAGGAAGUCCCGUGAUCUCGAGCACGCGAAUAACACCACCCUCGGCGACAGCAAACCCGAGCCACCUGACAGCCCUUCACACCGUGUCCCACCAUCAUCUCCCUCAUCACCAGCAACACCAGCAACAGCAGCAACAACAACAGCCGACGCCGCCACCAACACAACAACAGCAACAACAACAGCAGCAGCAGCAGCCGCCACUUCACCAUCACCAUCAUCAUCACAAUAAUCACAACAGCACGCAUAAUCCGUACGUGGAGAAUCACAAUUCGAACCACACGCAGCAGAACGCCGGCAAUCUCGUCGUCGACGUUGAAACGAACCACGACAGCAAGAAGCACCGAAACGGGCCGUGCGUAAUCCGAUCUGGCACGAGGGAGGUGCACAAUAAACUGGAGAAGAAUCGAAGAGCGCAUCUGAAGGAAUGCUUCGAAUUGCUAAAGAGGCAGCUACCCUCGCAGGACGAGAAGAAGUCUUCGAAUCUUUCCAUUCUUCAUGCAGCAAUCAGGCAUAUACAGACGUUGAGGAGGAAGGAAAGGGACUACGAGCACGAGAUGGAAAGGCUUGCCAGGGAAAAGAUUGCUGCCCAGCAAAGAUUAUUAGCUUUAAAGAAGGAGCUCGCAGCUACCUGGGAUCACAUUGAUUUUAAUACUCUUCUGCCGGAACAGAAUUCGGCUACCGACGUAACAGCUACGAAAAGCGUUUCAGAAAAUAUGGAGGUCGACGUUACGGGGCUCGCUCGGGGCGGCACGAGGUACAGCAGCACCAGCAGCCUGAGCAGCGCGGCAACUGCCAGUUCACCGCAGACGCUUCAAACCACCAGCAGCACCGCUUCCAAUAUUCAUAAUCAAGUCGCGACCGCGGCUGUUGUCUGCCAGACGCAGGGUCUGAACCUCGCGCAAAGUUCCAGGGAAAGUCCACCUGCAAGCUCAAGUCCUGGAACGUCUACGCCUAGCAUUCCUACCCCCGCGCAGGAGAAAGUGAACACAUCGCCGACCGGCAUAGUCCAGCAGCCGCAUCAGCUGCAUUUGCCGAUCAGCGCACAGAUGUUGAACACGAACCAGGGCCUGGCGACAAUCGUCCCGACGUUACAGCACCUUGGGCCGAGCCUGAGGGUGAUACCAGGCGACACCAGGCAGCUAUUGGUCGCGCACACGGCCGGCAACAACGAAUCUCGACCGUUGACGUUGGCCGUGCAGAAUUCUGCGGAUCAAUCGAGGCCGCUGAUCGCCGUGCAAUCGAACACUGGAAGCGAGCCAAGGCCCGUCGCGUUGGUCGUUCACUCGUCCACGGCCAACGACAACAGGGUGACGUUCGUGCAUUCUAAUCUGUCCAACAACGACAGGUCGUUGGCCUUAGCCGUGCAGUCGUCCGCCAAUGACGUCAGGCCGGUCACAUUUGUGCAUUCGGCGAACGAGGGAAGGCCGUUAGUUCUCGCCGCGCAUUCUCCUGCGUUGAACGUGUCGAACGCUCAAACAAGGAUAAGAGCAGGAGACGCACAAACCACGCAUAAAAUGGUCGGUGGUGUGACACUCGUCGGUGGAAAUGGAUCAGAGCUGACUAGAUUACCAGGUGGUGCCGAAUUAAACAUACUCCCAGCAAAUGGAUUAACACUGAGCCACGCAGGUGUAUCGCUUCAAGCCACGACAGGUAAACCCGGCUCGACAGUGAUGCAGAAUGCUCCGUCCACAGAGGGUAUAGCGCACAUUGUUGGCCCGCACACACCUAUAUCCGGCCUGACGCCAAUCGUUACGCCGAUGACCGUCGUCUCGCAGGGGAAUCAAGUGACCGCUCAUAUCCUGGCCCCGUCGAGUCUCGCCGGUAAAAUUGUCACCACGCCGAUCCUGAAAUCGGUCGCCCAGAUGCCGAUCGUGAACGCUCAGUACAUCAACACCACGACAUUGGUGAAGCCUGUCGUUGUGGUCAGCUCGCCGUCAACGUCCGCGCCACAGUCGACGACGGCGUCCAGCACGCAACCCUCCUCGACCACGCACUCGACCGUCUGACAGAAUCAAAGGAAGUUGAAAUUCGUUUGAGGAAAGACUGUCCCGUAUCGGUGUGUCGAGGUACCCACCAGCAACACUGGUGAUGGAUCGGCUGUGUUCGAUCGACACGACCCCGUGUUCCGUCGUUACGCGACAUCUUCGACGCGUAUCGGUUCGAUAACCGCCGCGUGAAACGACAUCAUCUGGUCGCGUAGGCUAACGCGCGGAUUCAGACGAACGCGACUGCAGAGUUAGCAUCCUGGAUAGAGAGAGAGAGAGAGAGAGAGAGAGAGAGAGAGAGAGAGGAGGGAACGGUUUUAUCCAUCGCGCGCUGUACUCCCCCCGACAUCGAAGGAAGGAAAGUUAUAUUCUAUUUUUUAAUCGUCGAGCUUGCGCUCCUCUUGAUUCACAUUCGACGCUUUUCAAGCUCUUCCAAAGAGUUAAACCCGACUGAGAUGCUGUUGGAAAGCCUUUGCUCGACUUGCACGAUUGCGUAAGGUACC